AGCAGGGGGCAGCUCUCCCUAUCCACAAACUCAACCAGGACGUUUCAGUGGUUCGGACGCACCAACAAUUCAGUUGAUGGAGUAAAAACACCGCUGACAUCCGGCUGCGCUCCGGCGCGUCUCCAAUAUCCCAACAUGGAACUGAAACACUGGGACACACCUGGAGCCUCUGAACAGUAGACAGAUAUGCUGUCAACAGGCUGAUACUGGCCGCCAUGUGGAGGCUACCUACUGGACAGGAGAUAAAUUAGAUUAUUGGAUUGACUGCAACAGAUUAUAGCUCCCCUACUUCCUCGGUGCCUCAUAAGAAAAACCGCAUCAAUCUGAUCAUAUUUCACGCGGAAUUUUGGAAAUAUAAAGGUAUGUUUUUUGUUGUAUUGCCAUGUAUUUUUUGUUUUUCUUGGACUGAGAUUGUUUUGAUAAUGUUUGGCAACAGACAAGGAUUAGGUUUCUGCAUAUGAAGUUGCGCUUUAAAGGCAAGCAGGUUAUUUAGUGUGUCGAGAGUAAAAUUCUGAAAUGAAAUUGAACUAAAAGGGAAGGAUAUUCUGACCUCAUAUGCAGCAUCAGACCCCAGUGAGUGGCCUAUUCACCUCGGAUUGUUAUUAAGGAAUAGAUGGACCUUUUGUUUCACGUAAAACAUCAGACUGGCAGCCAUGCUGACCAGCUUUAUGGAGGGUCUUCUCUGCUGCCUAACAUCAAAGUCAGUCAACAUUGUGGUUCCUGUAGAAACCUCAGAACCUGCUGAUGGCUACGAGUUUGUAGAGGUGAAACCAGGCCGGGUCCUACGGGUUCGACAUAUCAUCCCUGACCGGCCAGUGGUGGAGGAACCCACAGGGCAGGGUGGUAGUGUCAGUUGCAAACGGAAGAUCACAGUAUAUCGUAAUGGACAGCUAUUCAUUGAGAACUUGGGUGACAGGGCGAGUGCGGAGCUGAAAAACGGCCAGAAUGGAGAGACAGAACCCAACAGCACUCUAGAGGUCGAACUGACAGAUUGUAGCAACUCCUCACCGCCCGUCAGCAUCCCUAAUUCCAGGUCUGACUCUGUCACAGCAGGAAAAGAUGUGGCAUCUGAAACAGGAGCAGGGGGAGAGGCACCUACUGCCGGUCAGCCAGACCAGUUGCAGCAACCCAGGAAGCGCAGGCGAAAGCCCAAGCGCACUGUGGUGAUCGACUGUGAGAGGAAGAUAUCAGCUUGUAAAGGGACUCAUCCAGAUGUGGCCCUGUUCUUUAUCCACGGAGUGGGAGGCUCGCUGGAUAUCUGGGGAAGCCAGUUGGACUUCUUUUCUCGGCUGGGCUAUGAGGUGAUCGCCCCGGACCUGGCAGGUCACGGUGCCAGCUCAGCACCACAGAUAGCUGCAGCAUAUACUUUCUAUGCCCUGGCUGAGGAUAUAAGACUUAUCUUCAAGAGAUAUGCACGCAAGAGGAAUAUUCUCAUAGGACAUUCUUAUGGUGUGUCGUUCUGUACGUUCCUGGCUCACGAGUAUCCAGAACAGAUCCACAAGAUGGUGAUGAUCAACGGAGGUGGUCCCACAGCUCUGGAGCCCAGCCUCUGCUCCAUCUUCAACCUGCCCACAUGUGUGCUUCACUGCCUCUCCCCGCUGCUAGCCUGGAGCUUUCUCAAGGCUGGUUUUGCUCGGCAGGGUGCAAAGGAAAAGCAGCUGCUGAAAGAGAACAAUGCCUUCAACGUGUCGUCUUUUGUGCUGCGUGCCAUGAUGAGCGGGCAGUACUGGCCUGAGGGGGACGAGGUCUACCAUGCUGAGCUCACUGUGCCCAUCCUGCUGGUUCACGGCAUGCAUGACAAGUUUGUCCCUGUUGAAGAGGACCAGCGAAUGGCAGAGAUCCUCUUCAUGGCCUUCCUAAAGGUCCUGGAGGAUGGCAGUCACAUGAUCAUGAUGGAAUGUCCCGAGCCCGUCAACACACUCCUGCAUGAGUUUUUCCUCUGGGAGCCCGCUACCCCUCCACCACCAAAGAAAGAGUCCAAAGCACGUCCAGAGACUGCCAAGGCCCAAUCUGACAACACCAAGGCUACAUCUGACCCCGCCAAGGUCCGACCUGCAACUGCCAGGCAAACCUCAUCAAACGAUGGUGCAGAGGAGACGCCAGACAGCAAGGCCAAAAAAUGAAGAUUAAAGCUGAAGCUUCCAGUGGUUUUUACAUUAUAUCAUGGCUGGCCAUGCACUCUGUGUAUCCUGAUGAACUGAGCUGUUGGUUUGAGCUGUUGAACCUGAUGAUGAGCCAAAAUAGCCAGUUUGUCUGAACUGGUCUAGCGAAAGGUUGGAGUUGUGAAGGUGGAACACUGUGCAGGGAGUUUGACUCUGAUUACGUCAACUGAAGAGCCGAAGGACAAAGGAAAAGGUUCUCCAAUAACGUGACCAGACAAGGAUGCUUACAGCUUCCUGUCUGUAUCAUACACUAGGGAAGGUAUGAUUGUGCCUUGAGGUGGUUAUGUGAGAGUAAGUGCAGCAAGAGACAGAAACAUGCAGCCUAGAUGGUGAGGCAGUUGUGAAGCGCCAAAUGUUGCACAGUAAUAAUUGAAUUUUUGUGGAUGUAAAGGUGCGACCUGUCAGAGAGGAUAACAAUUGAAUGCCUCAGAUAUAGACUGUCAUUUAUCUUUGCCAUUUCUGAGCAAAGCAAAGUAACUGGUUUGUAUGAAACUUUUUGUAAAACAGAUCUCUGGAAACUGACUGGAUCAUUACUAUAGGUUUAAUAUAAAAAUGUAACACAGCUGGGUUGAACCACAGAGUGUCUCUGUGUUUGUCUGUGUUGUGUGGGAUGAUAUUUCUCAACUAAAAAUGUAAAUGUAGUAUUUUCUAUAGAGUGACACACCUUAGAAGUGAAUGUUAAUUUUGCACACUGCAUGAGAUAUUCACACACACAGUGAGUAGGAGCAUUUCCUCCUACUCACUGUAUUUACAGGUUUUAUGUAGCUGGCUCUGCUAUUUAACAGUCAAACAAAAAGCUUUUUCUUUUGUGGUUGUUUGGGGUGUGACCUGACUGUCAAGCUGAUCAAGACAGAAGUGAAAGUAAAUCUGCUUCUUCCAAGAAAUUCAGGGAAAUGUUUUCUCAGUUAAGUCUGUCUUGCUAAAUUUAGCAGCAGUCAGCAGUGAAUCAUAACCUUUUAUGGACAGAAUGGACCAAAUAUUUUGCAAAAAUCUAAUGUACAUGAUGCAAUGUUUAAUCAGUAAUAAUAGGGGAAGUAUUGAGAUGCAUCAGGUGAAUGCAAAACCAGGAUUUUAUUAUAGAAAUGCCCCUAGACUUUACCACACUACUGUACUGAUGUUUGAUGCCUUUUGAAGAUAUUCAGUUUUUAUUUUUGCAAUGUAGCCAUGUGCUGGUAUGUACUGUAGCAUCUUUGGUAAUUCAAAUCCCCACUACUGUAUUAUCAACCUCUAUGCAGUAUUCGAAGACUUGUUUUUAUUGAGUUUUCUAUCUAUUUCCUGCAAGACAUGUUGUCCAUUCAGCUUUAAAAUAUAUUAUAUUUCAUAAACAUUGUUUGAUUUUUUAGGGCAUUAGCCUGUCUUUGCCAGAGGAUUUGCCCUAAUGAAGACUUUGAUUGUUCAAUAAAUAUUAGGCAUUUAUUUCUCACCAAAACUAUGCUAAACUGACCUUUUCCCCCGAGGAAAAGUAAAGUUAAGCUCUAGCAUAUUACUACAUUAGUACAUUAGUAUACACUACAGUAUGUAGUGUACUACUACAUGCAUACAUUAGUAAAUAAACUGUAUUUUGACACAUCCACCCCCUCCCUCUCUUCUAAGUAUUUUUGAGUCGGGUUUUAUCACGAGAGGCAAAGUGUUAAGAUAAAUGUCCUCAUGCAGAACAUUGACUGCAUGAGUGUAUCAUAACACUCUAUUUAACUCCUUCACAGUUUAUUGUGAACACCAGAGCAGACAGCACCAGGAAGUUAUUAAAUUGUCUGUUAUUUGACCGUGGCAAUCAUGUGUAUGUCUUUAUGUUAGCUGAUAUGUUCUUCGUGCUAUAAGAAUUCAGGUAUUUAUUAGAUUCACAAACCGUCUCUGAACCUCUAACCUUGAACAAUCAGUUUGGUUUGUAGAAGGUGUAGAUAACACUUGGAUUUCAUUGUUUUCUCUCUGAUUUAAUAGUGCUUGAUUGUUUUUACAUGUAGAUUAUACUUUUUAUACAUUGUACUUGUAUUUGUGAUGGCUUUUUAGAGAUGUAAUUGUUGGUCGAUUUAAUUAAUUGUAGCAGGGAAUUCACUGAAUCAAUAGAAGAUGCAGCUUUGUUCAGAGAAAUGCAACAGCUGAUGUUUAUUGAGACUGGAGCUCACAGAAGCUAAUCUUUUCCACGUGGCAGAGAAAUGACAUGAAUGUUUUUCUGAUAUGAUUGUCCUGAAUUUGAGGAACUGUCCAUGUUCAUAUCUUGUGUGUCUUAAAUUUUUGUAACUGUUUGCCUUUCACAAUAAUUCCAGAAAUGAACUGCUGAUUUUAAAAUGUUAUCAAAGUAAAUUAUUGGGAAUUUUCAACAGUUUUGUCUUUUAUAUUGUGUUUUACAAUAUUGUAACUUUACUUUAACAAUUUAUAUAUCUAAGGUGCUAGUUCCCCUUUCAAAAAACCCCCUCCUUUCUAAACUUUAGAUUCCUAUGUCUGCACCUGUUUUUUGAUGAGCACUGGUGUUUGUUGAGAGUAAGACCUGGCUAAUGAUUAGUGGUCACCUUAGCCAUA